AUGAUCAUAACCCUACUCGAUGUCGCUAUUCCUUUAAUCCUAGAAACUUUGCAUGACAACUACGCCUGCUUAUACAACUGCUUGUUUGUCAGUAAAUUCUGGUGUAAUGUAGCAGUCGCCAUACUCUGGGGAAGUCCAUUCACUCGCAGCAUACAAUCGGCCAACCCAUCCCUGCUAGUUAGCUAUCUCAAAUGUCUAUCGGACGAGAACAAGCUCGACCUCCAUAGAAUGGGAUUGGAAACGUCAUGGAUGCAUUCGUCGAACAUGUUCGAUUAUCCGAUAUAUCUAGAGCACCUAACUGACUUUGAUCUGCGUGCUUUGCUUCUAGCGUUGUAUCCGGAUAUCGAUCCCAGGACAGAGCUGGCGGCUUUUACGCUGCUCGUACGGAUGUUUAUGGACAGGAGCAAAAAGUUGAGGAAAUUAGAAUUGCAUUACGGAAUCGAUUAUUUUGCAACCGAUAUAUAUCAACUGUGUGCGCAAAGACAUUCCCAGUUAGAGUACAUGUCGAUAUCAAUGCAUCAUAGCAAUCCCUAUACUCUCAGCCAUCUAGACGAUGAAAUAUCAACUCUACUAACUAAUCAAAAAGGUCAGUUAAAGUACUUUGGAUUGUGGCAUGCGGACGAACAUAUGAAAGCGAUUAUGAACGCUUUAUUGAAACAGAAAAGCAGCAUAGAGACUGUUGAAUUCUGCUUUUGUGCGUUUAAUGUUGAUUCACUAAUAAUAUGGGUGAAGCAGUUUCCCAAACUGUUGAAACUAAUAUUCGAUAAUUGUAAAGGGGUUCCGCCGGACAUACACAAGUCUUUGGAUGGAAUGAUGAUAAAUGGGUAUGCAGCGCCAAACUCAACAAGAAUAGUACUCACAAGGGUAAUGUAG